AUGGGAAGGAUAUGUAAAGGAAAAUGGGAAGGUCUGUUGAGAGAAUGGGAAGGUCUGUUGAGAGAAUGGGAAGGUUUGUUGAGAGAAUGGGAAGGUCAGUUGAGAGAAUGGGAAGGUCUGUUGAGAGAAUGGGAAGGUUUGUUGAGAGAAUGGGAAGGUUUGUUGAGAGAAUGGGAAGGUCAGUUGAGAGAAUGGGAAGGUCUGUUGAGAGAAUGGGAAGGUUUGUUGAGAGAAUGGGAAGGUUUGUUGAGAGAAUGGGAAGGUCUGUUGAGAGAAUGGGAAGGUUUGUUGAGAGAAUGGGAAGGUUUGUUGAGAGAAUGGGAAGGUUUGUUGAGAGAAUGGGAAGGUUUGUUGAGAGAAUGGGAAGGUCUGUUGAGAGAAUGGGAAGGUUUGUUGAGAGAAUGGGAAGGUUUGUUGAGAGAAUGGGAAGGUUUGUUGAGAGAAUGGGAAGGUCUAGAGAGAAUGGGAAGGUCUGUUGAGAGAAUGGGAAGGUCUGUUGAGAGAAUGGGAAGGUUUGUUGAGAGAAUGGGAAGGUUUGUUGAGAGAAUGGGAAGGUUUGUUGAGAGAAUGGGAAGGUCUGUUGAGAGAAUGGGAAGGUCUGUUGAGAGAAUGGGAAGGUCUGUUGAGAGAAUGGGAAGGUCUGUUGAGAGAAUGGGAAGGUCUGUUGAGAGAAUGGGAAGGUCUGUUGAGAGAAUGGGAAGGUCUGUUGAGAGAAUGGGAAGGUCUGUUGAGAGAAUGGGAAGGUCUGUUGAGAGAAUGGGAAGGUCUGUUAUGAGAAUGGGAAGGUCUGUUAAGAAAAUGGUUAGGUCUGUUAUGAGAAUGGGAAGGUCUGUUAAGAAAAUGGUUAGGUCUGUUAUGAGAAUGGGAAGGUCUGUUAAGAAAAUGGUUAGGUCUGUUAUGAGAAUGGGAAGGUCUGUUAUGAGAAUGGGAAGGUCACCUGAGAAAAUAGGAAUUAAAGUCUGUCUACUCUAAAUAGUCCCUUUGAGGCUGACACACGUAAUAAACCUAAACAAUGACUGUAUGGGAAGAAUUUAACGUUUUAUUUCUCUUAACCCGCAGACAGAUAAUUAUAUAAAGAGGAGCCAUAAUGAUAAUGAUAAUGUAGAGGUUAUGUACAUAAUGACAGGUUCAAGAGUAAUAUCCACUGAAGAAGAAAAUGAGGCGAUAGAUUGAUUGAUAAUUUGAAUGAAAAAAAAAAAAGGAUUGAUUGAUUGAUUGAUAGUUUAUUGUUGCAGGUAAACAACAAGGGAGAAGGGAGGAACAUGCCAUCCCAACCCCCAGGCAGGACAGAGUGUGAUUGUACAACUAUUAAUACAUGUGUAGGGAGCACCAGGAAAUUAAAAGAUACAAUGGUAGGAAUUAAGGAAAGCACAACAUUGGGAUAAUAAAAUGAGCAGAAUUAAGGCAAUACCUAAUAAUGAAAAUGUACGGUAGAAAUAAUGUAGAUAAUGAAAGGUACCGUAGAGGAAAAAUCAAAGAAACACGAAAAAAAUGCUGAAAUAUAUAUGAAAAAUGUACUACAAUA